AUGAAUUUGAAUCCUUAACCUUCUUAAAUUAGAUACUAAAAUGUAAGAUUAAUAUAAAGUACUCUUGCAUAUUUUGAAUAUUCUGCAAUUUAAAAAUCGAGUUAGAGAGAAGUAAAUUUAAAAAUACAGAAUUCUACUAAUUCGAAUGUAUUGCAAUAAGAAACUGCGAGAUUGAUACAAGUUUAAGAUAUUGAAGGUAUACCUGAAGUGAUUGAUUAUGGUAAUAAUAAUGAUUAAAGGUAUUUUUUUAUUUAACUUAGAUAUUUUUUGGCUACCUAAAGUCUAGGUCCUUCUUUAAGUUCGAUUAUUAAGACUAAUGGAUAGAUGUCAUUAAAAAAUAUUUUAUUGAUUGGCAUCUAAUUGAUCAAACUAAUUUAGAAAGUUCACAAUAAGAAUUUUAUUUUGAGCAAUAUAACACCAUGCAUUUUAUGUUUGGGAUCAGAUCCUGAAGAUAAAUUAAUAUAUUUGAAAGACCUAUCAUUUUUAUAAUCUAAAGAAGAAGCGUGCAAAGUUUAAAAAUUUCCACUUAGAGAAAGUAAUUUUCUCAGCCCAGUUUUUAAUAUUGCUAAAGGUCCUAAUUAGAUUGAUGAUCUUUAUAGCUUGGCAUACUUAUUACUGUAUUUAAUCAAUGGUAAUUAAAAAUAUUUAUCUUAUAUAGGAACUUUACCUUGGCAGUAAUUUGAUAAUAUAAUUAAUAAAUUAUAAUUUGAGGAAAUGUAAAAUCAUAAAUAAAAAGUAACAUUUGAUUAAUCAUUUUUGAAUUCAUAAUCUUCAAUUUUUAGCUAAUGGUUUAAGUAUUUAAGCUCUUAAAAGUAAGGCUAACAUCCAAAUUAUAAUUAUCUAAGAAAUAUUUUAAUUUCUAAAAUAUAUGAAAAUGGAUGGAAACUUAAUGAAAAAAUUUAAUAUAAGUCUGAUAUAAUGAAUCAUAGCUCUAAAUCUAUUUUAUCUAUAAAAAGCAGAAGUAGAGGAACCUCUAUAACAAAAACUCCUAAUUAAAAAAUGAUUGAUAUGUUGAGUCCCAUAUACGAGGUUGAUAAAGAAUUUGAGUUAGCUCAGUCAGUUUAAAAGAAAAAAGAUGAGUUCUGUUAUUUUUAGUAAUUUGAAAAUUUAAAAAAAUCAAUAGAAGAUAGAUAGCUGAUUGAAAAUAACACAAGUUUUACUUCUUUAGAAUAGAAUGAAAGUGAAUUAUGGAAAAAAAUGGAGAAAUUGGAUAAAAUAUCAAAUCCUAUAAAACUGAUGAAUAAAUUUUGA